CUUGUGAAGCAAGUGGUCCCUUCUGAUAAGAGCUUUUAUGAGAAAUACGCAGGAAUAUUUCACUUUCGAUUCUGGAGAUUCGGAAGAUGGUACGAUGUAGUGAUAGAUGACCGCCUCCCAACUCUUAACGGGGCAUUGCACUCCACUAAAGCACCAAACAAUGUUUUCUGGCCAGCUCUGUUAGAUAAGGCGUACCUUAAAUUUCUGUACGGUGGUUACAUAAACAACUAUUAUUUUAUUUACGAAGUUUUGCAGGAUUUCACUGGUGGAGUAGUAGAGCACAUUGAUCUUAGGUGUCUUCCCAAAUCAUUUGAAAAUACUUUACUCAAGGCUUUCGCAAGACAAUCGCUCAUAGGUUGUGCGAGUUCUGCCAAUGAAGUCAAAACUCCUCAAGGUCUAGUCAGAGAUCAUGCAUACGCAAUGACUGGUGCAAGAUUUGUUAAUGUUCCUGGGCGUGGAGAAGUUCUUUUGAUUCGUCUCAGAAAUCCUUGGGGAAGUUUUGAGUGGAAUGGCGCAUGGAGCGACGGAUCAAAGGAGUGGGAAUUACUCCCUAAAGCUCUCAAGGAAGAGUUAGCAGUGGUUAACCGCGAAGAUGGAGAAUUUGUGAUGGAAUUUUCAGAUUUUGUUUCAAACUUCGCGUAUGUUGAUAUUUGCCAUUUGAGUCCAAACGUACAUUUAAACGUGUUUGGACAGAACACAGAAGUCAGACAGUGGCACUUGGAUAUGGUCAAGGGCAGUUGGAUAAAAGGUGUGACAUCUGGAGGAUUUGAAUCCCUGCAUGAGAAUCCCCAAAUAUGGUUCACGUUAAGCGAAGCGGACGGUGACAACGACGGUAACUGCACCGUGCUAAUUGCGUUGCUACAAAAAACAACUAGACUUAAGUUCUUAAAACUCGGGUUUAAGGUUUACCAUAUUUCUGACUUAAAUCAACCCGCAUUGGAGCAAGACUUUUUAAAAAACAACCAACCAGUUGGCUCAGUAGACCUAACCUACAUACGUGAAGUAGUAGGUAGGUAUGAGAUUAGGCCAGGAACCAAUUGCGUAAUUCCUUUUACCAAAAAGGGAAUAAGUGGAGAUUUUUUUUUUGAGAAUUUAUACGGAAAAGAAACCUCUAAUUAUGUACUCAGAUUCUAGUACUAAAGUAGGUCUUUCACCGGAAGAUGUGCCACCCAGUGAUGCACCAGUGUCACAAAGAACAACAGACACUAUUAAAGACUUCAAAAUGGACCAAUCAAGUACAGAUUAUUUCCACAAGGUGUCUGGCCCUAACAAGGAAGUUGAUUGGAAAGAUUUGAAGAAAAUUUUAGAUUUCGGUUUGAAGAAGAGAGUUUCCCCAGCUCAUAAUAGUGACGGUUGGGGACAUUUUCUUUUUGACGCUGCGACUUGUAUAUCCAACAAAGUCUUGGAACCAACUUUUUUAGGAAGUACUCUAGGAGAGACGACGGGUGGUUAUUCAUAUGAUCUUUGUAGAAGUAUGGUGGCUCUACUGGACACAGACCUUUCAGGGAAGCUGGAGUAUAAUGAAUUCCAAACUUUGUGGAAUAUGAUUAAAACGUGGGAAUCAAUUUACGAAUUGUACAGCGAUAAGGCCACAGGAUUUUUAAACUCGUCAAGUGUUCAAAGUGCUUUGGAAGCUCUUGAUUUCAGUUUUAGUCACCAGAUACUCAGUAGUUUAAUACGAAAAUACGCGACAAGGGACGGCUACAUAUCAUUUGAAGAUUUUAUGCAUUGUGCUAUAAAAAUAACGACUAUGAUAGAUUUUUUCAAAACCAAAGAUGAAAAUACGUCUAAAAAAAUACUUCUUACUUUUGAGGAGUUAAUAGGAAAAGCACUUUAUUCCUGAUUUCACAAAAGUGCAUACCUGUCCUGUAAUGAAA